GUCACUUUCAGACAUCUUAAGACCGAGUUAUUUUAAAUGUCUUUCCGUCAUUGAUUCUACGGGGAGCGACUAACGUCUCCAGCGUGAAGCCAGCUGAAGGAAUAGAAAGACGCUGCUCCGCCUGCUGGAGGGAGGGGCUGAGUACAUCGAUUCGAUGUUUCCAAAACCUUGACCAAGACUUUCCCGGACUCGCGGCGUGUAAGGCCGGGGCCUCCGAGCUCCCGGCGUCUGGCGCAUGCGUCCUAGCACCCUCUGGGCUAGCUCCACUCCCCUAUCCCCGCCCCUACCUCGUCAACUCCCCCAUCCCCGCCCCUACUCCGUCCCCUGCAGCUCCGCUGGCCCCGCCUUGCGGCCCGCGAGCUGCAUAGCCGAGCUGGCAUGCGGGCUGAGGGCGGAGCCAAAGGGGGUGGGGAGAGCCGACGCACCGCCCAGCUGGACCAAACCCCUCCGCUCCCAGCCGGCUAAACACUCGGCGAGAAACUGCAGUGCGCCUGGGAUCGGGACGCUCGCUCCUGCCCUUCCAACCGGAGCCCUCGCACCAGGCGCCUUUCCUGGGAGCGAGCUGGGCGCGUCCGCUCAUUCGCGAUCGCCCGGAAAAGGCCGACUUAACCACAGGCCGUUUGGCCUUUGCACGAGCCGCCAAGUCACCAAAGGGCGGCGACAGGGGACUGGAGCCAGCGGGGCUCUCCCGAGGAGCAGAGAGCGCUCCGGGGCGACGCGGGGACGGAGCGAGGAGUGUCGUGAAGCUCGGGGCUAGCGGCAGAUCAUCACGAUUUUGUCUGGCGUCUGCGAAAUGUGGGAAGAAGACAAGGUCAAGCUCGGAGGCAGCGGCAGCGAUGCGGGUCUGGCCAGCGCCGCGGCGCGGGGGCAAGUGGAGACCGUGCGGCAGCUCCUGCAGGCCGGCGCGGAUCCCAACGGAGUGAACGGCUUCGGGAGGCGCCCGAUCCAGGUCAUGAUGAUGGGCAGCACCCGCGUGGCCGAGCAGCUGCUGAUCCACGGCGCGGACCCCAACUGCGCAGACCCCGCCACCCUCACGCGGCCCGUGCACGACGCCGCCCGGGAGGGCUUCCUGGACACGCUGGUGGCGCUGCACCGAGCCGGGGCGCAGCUGGAUGUGCGCGAUGCCUGGGGCCGCCUGCCCGUGGACCUGGCUGAGGAGCGGGGCCACCGGGACAUCGUCGGGUACCUUCGCGCCACCGCGGGAGACUGAUGGCGGGCGCACCCAGCUGCCCACAACGACUUUUCUUUUCUCCCCAGCUCCCCAACCCCAGAUUAGUUCAACCAAGGCUGCAAAGCAGAGCGGCUUUCGGAAAGCCUUCCUGGGCGACUGGAUUCCUCAAGGGAAGGAGGGGCAGGCCAGAAAUAAAUCCUUUUUCUUUUUUCUUUUCUGGAUCCCACCCUGGACCCUCACCUGUAGCCAAAGGCAGAGAGGUGGGGCCAGAGGUGUUCAGCGAGAUUUGGGGGCGGAAUGUUUCGUUCCCAGCUGCCGUUUACGGGCGGAAAAGUGGUGUGCGACGAAGUCCAUGUUGGGCCCUGGAGAUGGGGGGCAGGGUCGGAGGCAGCGGGAUUGGCCUCCGAUGAGAGGUCGGUGAGAUGGUCACUGCACUGACCUUGAUGGAGCCCCUCGUAAGUCCUCACUGGGGGCUUUAGGCACUUGGGGCUCACGGCGAAAACCCGAAGACCGAGGACCAGAGGAGGACGGUGACGGCUGCUGUGGGUGUCCGGAGGCUGUCUACGCUUUACUUACUGUGCGGGACACAGCAAGUCACCUGCAAAACCGUAUUCACUGCAAGUCCUGGAGGCAGCUCCACCGGAUAGCAACUGGAGGAGAAGAUGGGAACCACCUUGAAUUCGCCUUUAUAUCCUAAAAUCCCUGGGUCAAGGUGGUGCAAGACAGCCCUCGGGACGGGGUCGGCACUUGCUGUUUGUUAUUCAGUCCGGGAGAGCUUCCUGCGCGUUCCAGACGUCCACCAUCAGCGAACAAAAUGCUGCAGGAGGGAGGCGGGGUCGGCGGGGUAGAAGUAGGAGACAAAACUGUACGGUGAACUAAUGGUUUGCUUCAUAUAUAAACCCCCGGCAAGAAAGAGCAGAUCGAGGAAAGAGAAAUUAAGACUUGAUUGGAAAAUGGAAGACUUGGGUUCCAUUACUGGUUCUUUAAUUAAAUACAUGACUUACUAAAUAAUGUAA